CAUCCCAAAAUUGCAGCUUUGACUUCAUUAGGAGCAUUUAAAACCCAGUAAAUCUGAGAGUAAGAAAGAGAGGUGAGCUGAAGAAUAGACCUGAUAAAAUGGACUCUAAGGGAUCCACAUCUCAUACGCCGAAACCACAGGAGGAGAAGGAGUGCCAUAAGAAGACUUGGAAUGAGGAAAUAGCAGAUUUAUUCCCUAAGAAGCCAAUGUCAGGUAAUGUGCCUGUCAAAGUAGAUAACCCCUACCUGUACAGAAUUUGGGAUGUUAGCCAGAAAUACUUUUUUCUGGUGAAUAAUAUUCUUGUAGCAAAACAUCAAGAUUCCAAUGCUCCAGAGCUGUUAAUGGAAGUGUUCCCUAACACUGUUCUGGAUCCUGAAAUGAUGCCCAUCUUUAUGGGUCCCCAGGGUAGCAAACAAUGCCUGUCCUGCGAGAAAUCUCCUGAGGGUCAAAUUCAGUUACAGCUAAAGGAAGGUGACAUCAAAACGCUUUAUGAUAAAAAGGAGGAAUCACUUGCUUUCACCCUCUACAGCAAGACUGAUGGCAGUCCCGAGACUUGCUCUUUCGAAUCGGCAGAGUUCCCAGGUUGGUUCUUAAGCACGUCGUCUGAGUCAAACAAACCUGUGGGACUGAGUCGCCAAGGAGGGACUGAGAACACACUGUUCUAUUUUAAAAGGCAUUGAAGCCCCCUUUUAUAUGACUAGAAAGCAAGUAGGGCCAUGGAAUAAGUAACCUUCCUUGAGAAUCUUGAGAAGUAACCCCUGUUAAGAAUUCAGUUUAUAGUUGCCAUGAAUCGGAAACAACUUGAAGGCCAAUAAAAAAAACCACCCUGUAAAAGUCUAGACAUUUUAGUCAAAAUAUCAACCCCAAACAACCUGGGCCAAUUUAUAUAUGUGUCAGUGUGAAUAUGAAAUGGCAGACAAAGGUUUGAGGAAAUGAGACAAAGAGAGUUCCGGUGGCUGUAGAAAAAAUGACGUUUAUUCUCAAUGGCCAGAGAAAAUAAGCAAAGACCUUCUCCUGUGGUCAGGAAAGCGAAGGUACUGGAACAAAGGAUCACAAGUUCUUAUAUACCCUUUUUCCUCCAUCUACUACGUCAUCUAGGCAUUAUCCAUCACCAAUUAGUGUCAAAAAAAGUCUUACUGUGCACUUACUAAAAAGCUAUAUUUGCAUUUUCCUAAAAUAUAGAUUACUUUCAAGACUCCUGACCCUCCAUUAGCCUUAUCUCUGGAAUCCUCAUCUCAUCCAUUAGGGGUUCUCAUUAAUUAAGGAGUUUCCCCCUUAUCUUAGCUGUCAGAGAUCCAUUAGCACUCCCCUCAUGGCACCAGGUCUUAUCUUGACAUCCCAAAAAGCCUUAAUUUGUCUCUUGUCCAUUAGCUUAUCUAUUCUUGUUGACACUUAACAUAUGUCCCUGGCACUCAGUGAACUUUGGUCUUGCUUUUGCUGAGCAGAGUGUAUUUUUAAGGCUAGCACACAAUCUGCUGGUGGUUACAUAUUUUCCUAUCUCUAUUUCUUAACAUGAUUACAUUCAAUAUAUAUUUUCCAAUACAAGUAUUAUAUUUUCCCAAUACACCUUCAUCAAAUACAUUACCUUUUUUGUGGUUGAUGUGAAUUUGGUUCAGACUUUUAGGUGGACAUAGUGAUAACUUUAUUUGUAUUAUUAUCUCCCCAAUAAUAAUAAUUGUUGUUAUUGUUAUUAUCAUUAUAAAAGCAGACAGGUAAAUUAUUUGGUGAGAUAUAAAGGUCGAAGCAGGGACCCACCAGCAUGACAACUAACUUUUUGAACAUGUAUUGUUGUAUUGUAACUGUUUUAUAUACUUUGUUUUUAUUUUUGGUUGUAAGCCACCCUGAGUCCCUCCUCGGGGGAACAGAAAUGCUGUAAUAAAUAAAUAAAUGUGUAUUUUUACUCUCAAA